AUGGCCUGGCUCAUGUUCCGCUGCUGCCCCCGGCGCCUGUGUCUCUUCUCCACUCUGUUUCUGGGUGGGGUGGUGCUGCUCUUCAUAAACCUCAUACCACCAAGUAAGACUCAAACAAAGAUGGAGGUAUUCAUAAAGACAUUCUGUUAUCAAAUCACCCUAAUAACGGAGAGAAAAGUGAAUAUAGACAUGCAGAUAAAAACCAGAGUGAAUCAACAAUAUUGAGUUUGAAAACGGACAAUUGAUGGCAUAGAAUGGUGACAAGAUUUCAGGUAUAGAAUAUAUUUCAAUAACAAAUGAACCCUUCUAUAAGAAUCUAUGACAUGACCUCCAUUGGCCCUCCAUUGCUGUGUCCUUGGCAGAUCUGAGCUCUGUGUCCACUGCACUAGAGAUGCUGGGGAAGUUUGGUGUGACUGCAGCUUUUUCAAUUGUGUACGCCUACACGGCUGAGCUCUACCCCACUGUCGUGAGGAACACAGCCAUAGGGGCCUGCUCCAUGGCCUCCAGAGUGGGGAGCAUCUCUGCCCCAUACUUCAUAUAUCUGGGUGGGUAGGACUCAAAACUAAGCUAAAGGAAAGAGAGGUCCGUACAUGGAAGCACUGCGGAGCAGCAAUAUUUUGUGUGCGGGCCUAUCAUCCCUUUAUCUCUUUGUUAUUGUUUAGCCUAUCUGUCAUUCUGAAGUUUAGGACGUGCAAAACAGUACACCUUUUAACUUAGUAUUUUCUCAGAAACUACAUGGAAAAAUGUGUAAUUACGUAUAGUAGCUAGAAAUGAACUAUGGGGCUCAGUCUCGUGUAAUGAACAACAGCAAGUAUAACAGCAAGCCACUUAAACUAAUUGACUUUUCCAUACUGCUUGAACCGUGUAGUUUCUCGAUAAAUAGGAAAAUGAGGAACAAACACAAGUACCGCUUGUUACCAUGUAGUUUCUCAAUAAAUAGAAAAUAGUUAGUAGUAAAGAAUAUAGUGCUAUCCUAUCAACGCCUCUCCUCUCUCCCCUGUCCUCUCUGUCUGUUGGGUAGACACACAUUCCCCUCCCGUUAGUCAGAUGUGUGUGAUGGCUCUGUCUAUUCUGCCACCUCCUGUCCUGUCCAACCUGUACGAGUUUGGAACCCCUCCACCACCCCUGUCUCUCUGGCAACUGGGGCUUCCUCUUACCUUCUUACAUUUGCUCCUUACUGUAUCCAGUCUUGAUCAAACUUCUUAAACGCAGUCAAACCAAGUGAUUUAUGCAUCCAGACAUCAGCGGAGGCUGGUGGAAGCAGCUAUAGGAGGACGGGCUCAUUGUAAUGACUGGAAUGCAAUUAAUGUAAUGGAGUCAAACAUUUUGUUUCCAAAUGUUUGAUCUGUUUGAUACCGUUAUAUUUAUUCCAUUCCAGCCAUUACAAUGAGCACAUCCUCCUAUAGCUCCUCCCACCAGCCUCCUCUGACAGACAUACAAGCAGAAGCACAGCAUAAAACACUCUUAAGUCUCUUCACCUUUUGUUCAUUGCAUUGUUUUGAGCUGAUCUAAUUGAAAACAAUGUUUUCCACUCUCUCAUGUAUUGCUGCUGUCUGUGACACAGGAGGCUAUUCCAAGUCCCUGCCAUACAUUCUAAUGGGGAGUCUUACAGCUCUGUCUGGGUUGCUUAGCCUCCUGCUGCCCGAGAGCCAUCGUAUGCCUCUUCCAGACGCCAUCACUCACAUGCAGACCUUCCCA